AUGUCAUCAAUAGCUUCUGGUGCAGUUCCAGCCACCAAAUCCGCUGUUUGUUUUGGGAAAAUCUCAAAAUCUGCGUCUUUUUCAUCUACGUUUCAUCGAUCUUCUUCUUCUUCUUCUCGGCUAAUGUUGUCAUCGUUAUCUUCUUCCUCAUCACCUACCUCUUCAAUACUCCUGAACUCUAAUAAUGGUUCAUCAAUUUCUUCAUCAUCUUCUUCUCCUAAACCCUUCAAACCCGUUAUGCACAGAAGAGAAGCUGGUAGACUUGAAGAAGAUAGACUCCGCCAAGUGCAAUGGCAAGACGUCACGGUAAAGAUGGUAGUGGAAGCACCAGCUUCCUUGGCUUACAAGUUAUAUGCAGAUCGUAAAUUGUUCCCUAAGUGGAUGCCAUUUUUGUCAUCUGUUGAGGCAGUGGAGGGCAGUCCAGAUUUGUCGCGUUAUUUGGUGAAAUUCGAGUCUUUUGGAAAAAAUAUCGAAUAUCAUUUUCUCGCAAAAAAUUUACAGCCAAUUCCGGAUCGAAAGCUGCAUUGGAGAUCUAUCGAAGGCUUUGCAAAUAGAGGCAGUGUUCGAUUUUUCCCUAGAGGUCCUUCCUCGUGCUUAGUAGAGAUUAAUUUUUCAUUUGAAGUUCCACAUGCUUUAGCUCCAGUUGCAUUUUUAAUGAAACCGUUCAUGGAGAAGCUUAUUGGUGGAGGAUUGGAACGUUUUGCUGCCUUCGUGAAGACCACUUGA